GACAAUAUGCUAGAAUGAGCAUCACUUUAGGAUGUAGGAAGUACAAGCUUCAGCAUUUGGUUCCAGGGAGCCAUUGCUUUCCAGGAAAGGGGAUUCUGGAAGCUGCGCUUGCUGAGUGUCCACUUGACCUGAAUUUGUGCUCUUCUUUGCUGCAGAUUGAUUUUGAAGAUGUGAUUGCUGAGCCAGAGGGAACACACAGCUUUGAUGGGAUUUGGAAGGCCAGUUUCACCACCUUCACUGUAACAAAAUACUGGUUUUAUCGCUUACUGUCAGCAAUCUUUGGCAUUCCCAUGGCUCUCAUCUGGGGCAUCUACUUUGCCAUUUUGUCAUUCCUGCACAUCUGGGCUGUGGUGCCUUGCAUAAGGAGCUACCUGAUUGAGAUCCAGUGCAUUAGCCGUGUCUACUCUAUCUGCAUCCACACGUUCUGCGACCCACUGUUUGAGGCCAUAGGCAAAAUGUUCAGCAGCAUCCGAGCCACAGUACGGAAAGAGAUUUGAGGGACCUUUCAAGGAGAGUCAUCAGCCUAGAGUGGGAUUGGGUAUUUUGUUUCUUUUGGAGUUUUUUGGUGCCAGUUUCAAGUUUUCCAAAGCAACAUGCGGCAACUGGUGGUGGAUAGACUGGCCCAAAAUAAUAAUUUGCUCAGUGUCCUUUUCUACUGUUUAUUCCUACUGGACUACUUGCCGUUUUUUUUUUUUUUUUU